CUCCACACCAGCAGAGGGCGCCAGAACAUUUUCAAACGAGCCCUGAAGACGUUCCUCUGAGCUUCCUGGUUCUGCUGAGCUCCCUGUGGGUUUCUGUGCAGUGAGACUCUGAGGCCUUCAGGCUGAUCAGGAGGUUUCUGUUGACUCAGCAGUGAUAGAACCAAUCAGCAGAGCAGAGUGUUUGGAUGGUGGAGAGGCAGCCGUCCACAGUGACCAGGAAGCACUGAGUCGUGUCCUUUAGUGUGCAGACUUGUAGAUGGCGAGUGGACAGCUGUCGAGGGUGGAGGCGUUGGCAUGCGCCGGCUGCAGGCAUGCAUGCCAUGUGAUGCUCUACUGUGACACGACAACUCAGCUGUUUGGGAGAAUUCCCAUCAGACACGUCGUCUUGAUGCAGAUGCGCUUUGACGGUCUGCUGGGUUUCCCUGGCGGGCUCGUAAACCCGUCGGAGGAGACGCUGGAGGCCGGGCUCAGCAGGGAGCUGUUGGAGGAGCUGGGAGUAGCUUUACCCAUAUCUGUGGAGGAUCACGUGGACUCCUGCUACGCUCCUUCAUCCUCAUCUUCCUCCCGACAGCUCAUCACCCACUUCUAUGUGAAGAAGAUGGAGGAGGAGCAGAUUAGGGAGGUGGAGAAAGCGGCCGCAUCCACUGCAACAGAUCACGGCCAGGAGGUUCUGGGGAUGGUCAGAGUGCCGCUCUAUGCCAUGCAGGGCGGCGGUGGCCUGGCGUCUUUCCUGUCGCACUCCUUCAUCGGCAACGCUCGCUCGCAGCUCAUCGACUCUCUGCUGCGUCUCAACCUCGUUUCCCCGGCGGAGCUGCAGAAAGCGCUCGCAAACUCUCUGAAGAUCCACACGAAAGCUGCGAGGGACCUUCGAACGGCAACGGAAACACUGCUGAAACUCACCUGCUCUGGAAACAAACAGUUUGACCCUCAGCAACACAAUCCUGCACACGCUUAAUCCUGCACGCCGUCAUGCUCAUCCUGAGCUGGUGACUCAUAAUUGCAAACUGUGCAUCAAACACUUUGUGGGGGGAAAAAAACACAUUCUCACCCCCUCACCAUUAAUGGAAAUAAAGGUAUUUACUGUCCAACACA